CACUGGCCUGAUAUUUCCUCUCUUCCGACGGUCCCCUCCGCUGCACCAGUGCAAUGCUCAGGCUGCAACAGUAGCAAGCUCAUUUUCCUAUUUUCGUAACCCUUAAGUGGGGAUCCCCAUCUUUUUAUUUUAAUUUUUUUUACAUUUUUCUUUUCUUUUGUCGAGCUAAUCGCACCGGGUUUUUCGGACAUGCCUAACAUCGUGCUUUUUAGCGGGAGCUCUCACCACGACCUGUCCCAGAAAGUGGCUGAUCGGCUGGGGCUGGAGCUGGGCAAAGUCAUAACGAAGAAAUUCAGCAACCAGGAGACAUGUGUGGAAAUCGGGGAGAGUGUGCGAGGUGAGGAUGUGUACAUCGUGCAGAGCGGCUGCGGCGAAAUCAACGACAACCUGAUGGAGCUGCUGAUCAUGAUCAACGCCUGCAAGAUUGCCUCCUCGUCCCGCGUCACCGCCGUCAUCCCCUGCUUCCCCUACGCCCGGCAGGACAAGAAGGACAAGAGUCGAGCACCCAUAUCAGCCAAGCUGGUGGCAAACAUGUUGUCUGUGGCCGGCGCUGACCAUAUCAUCACCAUGGACCUCCACGCCUCACAGAUCCAGGGCUUUUUCGACAUCGCUGUAGACAACCUGUACGCAGAACCUGCUGUUCUGCAGUGGAUCAGGGAAAACAUUCCUGAGUGGAAAAAUUGUAUCAUUGUAUCUCCAGAUGCUGGUGGAGCAAAACGCGUGACGUCCAUUGCAGACCGUCUGAAUGUGGACUUCGCUCUCAUCCACAAAGAGCGGAAGAAGGCCAACGAAGUGGAUCGCAUGGUGCUGGUGGGUGACGUCAAGGACCGGGUGGCCAUACUGGUGGACGACAUGGCCGACACCUGCGGCACCAUCUGCCACGCCGCCGACAAGUUAAUCGAUGCAGGAGCGAUAAAGGUCUACGCCAUCCUCACACACGGCAUUUUCUCCGGUCCCGCCAUCUCUCGCAUCAACAACGCCCCGUUUGAGGCCGUGGUGGUGACCAACACCAUCCCACAGGAAGAGAAGAUGAAGGCGUGCCCGAAAAUACAGGUCAUCGACAUCUCCAUGAUCCUGGCGGAGGCGAUCAGAAGAACCCACAACGGCGAGUCAGUGUCCUACCUCUUCAGCCACGUACCCUUGUAAAGAACAAGAGAGGGGACGCCCCCCGGCCCUCUCUCUAUCCCCCCCAGACACCCCACCCCCCGGUCAGACCAGUCAGUCGGCACUUUUGGCCCUGAAAGGCUCAAAAAGGCCUGAUGGUGUUUUUGGCCAACCACACGUGACUGUUAAAAGGUCACUCCCACACAUCGUCUGACAUUUUCACCCAGAAGACACAGCGAAAUAUCACUUCCUUCUCUGAAGACCAAGUUUGUAUUUAUAAGUAUCUCUUCUUUUUCUCUCUCUCUCUCUUUAUUUUUUCCUCUUGUUUCAGUUUCAGUCUUGAACAGCAGAGGCCUGGCCUUCACUUUAACCAAAGGGUCCAUUGUGUAACAUUAUGUAUUAUUUGAACCUCACUUUAAGACAAGCAUUCCACUACAGCAAGUGAUUUGAAAUAUUUUGGCCCUUUCUGCUUCGCAAAGUAAUAAAAGUAGUGAAAAAAAGUGAAAAUGUGCACCUUUUCCCCCAAAGUGUUUGCUUUAACAGCUGCUAAAAAUAUUAAAAUAAUAUAGUUAUAGCCCAAUCCUUAACUAGCUAAACCUCUAUGGACUUUGAUUGUAAUAAUAGUUUAUGCUUGGCGCUAUCAUCAGGUACCUGACAGUAGUUUAACAGCUGCACCACAAGUCAAACUGUGUUAAUGUGACCACAGACAGAAGAGUCAAAUUAGAGCACAGAGCACAUGUGAUCUACUCACCUUUAGUUCUGUUCUUUUAGUGAGCUGUACUGAAUCUUCUGCAGUGUCAUUUCUCCCAAUAAGAUGCUGUCACCCAGUGGUUGCACAUCUGUAUAACAUCCCUCUCCUCCAUUACCUCUUAAUUGUGUUUAAAAAAAGAUAUAUGAAAAUGUAAUAGCAACUUUCUAAACUCUCUGACAGGUCUGUUGUUGAUUGUUGUUGGGUGCUUUGCCCAUGUUCCAAAAGGUCAUGAAAAGUAAUUGAGCCCAAAGCUUAAUUAUAGUGUUAAGACUUCAGCCAUGAUUUGUGAUGGAAAUAGUGUAAUUGUCGCAGCUGUAAUGGGUCACUUUUGUUCAAUGAGGCAGGUUUCACUGUUUGCCUGUAGGUGGAGAAAAGUUGGUGGAAAAGAGUGAUUUUUUUUUUUAUAUGUAACACUCAAGCUGUUUCUAUGACAAUAAAGCUUUGACAAUGGCUUACA